UUGGCAAUCUUGAAAAUUUUCUCUCUCACUCAUCCGCUCAGUCUCGGGUGUUCGGGUCUCAAUUCAAACAACUCAGGAGCCCACACAUGAGAGUGAGAACUCAUGUACACGAACAAGUAAGAGUGAGUAAGUAAAUCCCGUGCAAUAUCAGGGUAAGCAGAACAGUCUUGAGCUUGAGCAGGCUGACAAAUCGUACACUCGUGGACAGUCAUGGAUUCAGCCUAGGUGUGCCUAGGUGGCAGAGUGGAGGCGGAGAAGGAAACAACUUAAAAAGAAUAAGAUAAAGGUAUAAAGAAAGAAGAAGAAGAACAAGUUGAAGAAGAAGAGAAAGACAGAAAAUAACAAGACGGGUGUUAGGGAGAGACCGAGCUAGAGCCAGACGAAGAGGAAAAACAAGUAUAAGAAGUGGGAGAAGUGAGCGAGCAGUUGAUGGCGACGAUGUACAGCAGUGUGAUGUGUGUUGUUGGAUCUGUGAGUUUGUUACUACUGUGAUACUGGCUCCAGUGGUGCGUUUAAAUUUUUAAAAAUAUUUUUCAUUUUGUUUUAUUAUUCUGUUAUUAAAUUGUGAAAUUAUUUAUUUAUUGAUAAUUAUUUAUGUGCAGUUACUGGUGAUGUUUAUUGAUAUCUAUAUAGUUAAUAUAUAUGUAUAUAUAUACAUAUUUGUGUUUAUAAAUGUAGCCUGUAGUUUUGUUGGUUAAAAUACAAAUGCACAUAAAAUAGUCAGGAGUGGCUCGGAAGCAGAAACAGCAGCAGCAGCAUAAGCAUCAGAAGUAGCCAGCAGCUAACCAGACAAACGCAUUCGUACGUAAAAGAGUGAAUAUAAGAGACCCAGAGAGUCGGGUUUUUUAUUCGCGUCGUCGUGGUACGCGCCAUGCGCAACCCGUGCCGUCCUAACUACUCCUCUGGUUACACCAACUUCUAUCCACCAAGAAGUUGACGUUAACGUUAUCUUGUUAAAGAGGUGAAUUAAAAAAUGAUAUUGGAUAGACGAGUAUCAGGACCGUGAUCGGGGUAAUAAGAGCCUCGGACGUCGAAGAUAAAAUAACGUCAAAUAUUGUUAAGGUGAGGCGGCCGUUUAACGGAAACACGGACGCCAGCACCGCGUGCCAUCAGUUUUUACAGACGUCGCCCUCGCCGUCGGACAGAUUUGGUUUAGCCAUGUCCACUAGGAAGCGGCGAGGAUUGAAAUAUAGUUUAGCAGAGAGAAAUAAGAAAAAAAUAUCACUUUACAGCUACGAUAGAUAGGAUGAAUAGAUCUCGGCGGAACGAAGCCCGUUACUUCAAUGAGAAUUCCCCUAGACCACCGGUUCCCGGAGAAGAGACAGAGUCCUACGUCGGCAGGUAUCGUUCGCAAAGUCCGGCUCUGACACCUAGACGCUCGGCUCUAGGUUGUCACGCGGCCUCGUCAUCUUGCGAUGCUUCAGCGCCGCUUGGAUUUGAGCCGGAGGGUUCCUGUGGUAUUAUGGAGACAAAUUCACCUCCGGCAUGUCUGCGAUGGGCACGCAGUAUACAAUCAUUGCUACUAGAUCGAGAGGGUCUUCAUUUAUUCAGAAAUUAUGUUACUGAAGAAGGGAAUCAGUAUGACAUUGAUGUACUGGAAUUUUGGUUGGCUUGUGUGGGUCUCAAAGAGCCACAGAAUGCCGAUAAAACAUCUCAAUUGGUUAAAGCGAUUUACCGAAGGUAUAUUGUUAAAGCGCAAUUGGAAAUACCUGAAGAUGUUAAAAAAGAAACAAAACGUCGUCUCAAAGAGACCUGGCCGGAGGAAAAUAUCUUCGACAAUGCUCAACUGGAGGCUGAGCACCUGAUGGCAAGGACAUCCUAUCCAAAUUUUUUACGAUCAGAUAUGUUCCUCCAGUAUGUGCAAGCCUGCCAAAAUCCAGAACAAGGAGGUGGUUGUCCAAGCUCGAGCUCAAGCCGAGACAUAUCAUUGUCAUGUGGCCCAAGUUUACUGCCAACUCUGCACGAGGAUACCGAGUAUCAUCCUAUACAGCAUAUAUCCCGUUCGGCGUGUGAUACACCCAAUGAAUUAAGACUGACCAAAGACGUACUGAUGGCAACUCAAAAAACGAGGGCUUUGGAUGUCAGACCUAAGCCAGAAGCUUUCGCUGGAAUGUACUUGCAACCUGGAACUAGUCCAUACCAUAUGUCAUCAAAAGUACGCGUUCAAUACUCGUCAUACAAUCCAGUGUCGAGACAGGACUCGGAGCUACAGAGUUUGAGCAGCGAUGCACGUACUGAGUCGGACAAUCUAUCCAUUACCGAUUCCUCAGUGGAUGGAAUGUCAACGGGAAGGUCUAAGAGCAGUAAGAAACAGUACCUAAGACAUAGUAGAGCAAUCAAGGAGUCAGCAAGUUUGAAUCGCGAUCCGUUGCUUCAUUCGGUGAUACCGCGUACGGAUCGCGCGCCGCGAGAGCUUACAAAGCCGCCUAAGCCAGAGAUUUUUGCUCAAGAGCUUGCCAUGAGACUGGAAAUAUUAAAGCGCGAUCGAGAGCAUCAGGAAAAAGUUGAGAAAUUGACGGAAGAUUCAUUUGUCGAUGCCUCGGAUUGCAGUAUAUCUGCUAGUGGUACUGGCGUUGGCAGUACAGAUACAACGAAAAACUUAGCGGACGCGUUAUGUCAAAAACUUAGCAUCGAUGAUGGUAAUGAUCAAGAUAUUUUGGAUCAGCAUGUGUCGCGUGUUUGGUCGGAUCCAACGCCCUCAAGGUCACCGGGUAUCGUUUCUCCAAAGUCAGCUGGACAUAAUUACUCACGGUCACAUAAACAACGUAAAGAUAAAGAUGGUUACUCGACGUUCUCAAUUGACAGUGGUAAUAUUCAUGAUUUUGCCGAGGGUGAUUUUGCUGGCGCUAGUUCAUUAAGUUCAUCGACAACUCAUUUGCCUAAAUCAAAGUCUGUGCCUUCUGAGUUUGCUGAUUCUCUUCAUAAGCCAGAUCUUUAUCUCCAAGGUCAAGAUCAAAGAUUUCGUAGAAGCGAUAUGUCGAGAAGAUCAGCAACAAAGAAAUCGUUGACGGAAUUGACGGACAGUGGUGUUAGUGUUAUCAGUGAUGUUACUGCUGCUAGUAAAGAUUGUCGUAUGCAGUGGCGGAAUCAAAUUGAAAAGAAGAACGAACUGAAACACAUGAGACAUGGUAAAAAAUAUGGCUCACGUAGCGGUUCUUUAGAGAGAGCUAAUCGAGAAGAAUGGGGUGGUCGUGCACAACCAUUCCUUGGUGAUCCAGGAAUGCCAUUACUUCCUCAACCUCACAUUCCAACGCAAUUGGAGGAGGCAAAACGACGUUUACUUGAGGAAGACAGAGCACGUGGUGGUAGCGCAAGUAGUAUGAUGUACCCUGGGCCUUCAAGUGCUGCCUGUUCAUCUGGAUUUAACCGUCGUAUUUUACCGGCCUACAAACAACAAUCUCAUGAGCCAGUAUUUAGUAGCCAACAACACCAACAACCGCAACAAUGUCCGCAUCCAUCGAAUCAAUCUACAUUACGAAAAAGCCGUCAUGAUAUAGGAGAUUUUACCACUGUAGUGUUCAAUUUUUGUGACGAACAAUUUCCUUAUAGAACUAAAAUUCCAGGACAUAAUGUUACUUUGAAGCAAUUUAAGGAAUAUCUGCCGAAAAAAGGAAGUUAUAGGUAUUUCUUUAAAACAGAAUGUGAAGAUCUGGAUACAAAGGUAAUACAAGAAGAAAUAACUGAUGAUUCUGAAGUAUUACCACUGUGGGAAGGCAAAGUAAUGGCCCAAGUUAAAGCACUUGAAUAACUUAAGUUAUUCCUUAUCAUAAAAAUAUUUAUUCUCCGACUGUACAGAUAUAUAUUAUAUAUAUAUAUACAUAUAUUUUUUUGUUUAUCAACGAAAAAAAAAAAAUGAAAGAAACGUAAAACAAAAAAAGCAGUUUAAAAGUUCCAGUCAAAAUUACCGUAUAGUUGAAUUUUAGUUGACUAAAAAAUUAUUUUUAAUUGUUUACGUUAUAUAUUUAAUUAUUAAUAAUCUAUUCGUAUAAAGAACAAUGUAUCUCUUCCAGAGGCUUCCCAUAGUUUUUGUCCGGCCAAAUGUACAAAAAAAGCCUGCGUAGUUUUUGUUUGAUAAAAGUCUGCGUAGACUUCCGCAGACAAUUUUAUCAAAGCGAUAUAGGCAAUAAGUUUUUAUGAAUAUUACGUAUAUUACUUUGUAUAUUUAUUACUAUAAUUAUUAUUAAAAAAAAAAAAAAAAAAUUUUUUUUGUUUGUACGCGUAAUUUACGUAAUAUUCAUUAUGAAAUAAAUGAAAUUUGCGUCUCAUCGUGCCACAAAAAUCAUUCAUUUAAAAAAAUAUAAAUCAUUUGUAAUAUAUAUUCAUAUAUUAAUACAAAUUAAUAAUAAAUAAAAAAAAACGAUAACGCAAUAAUUGUGUGGGCGGCAACCUGGGUAACAGAUUAUUGGAUAGUCAAUAAUCAUAACGACGUUUUAUCAGGUGCGAUUUAAAAAAAUGUGCCUUUUAGUGUAAUAAGAUUGAUCUAAGACUUAGUAAAAAAAUUAAGAAAAUUAAUUACACGCUCGAUAUUAAUUUAUAAUUAUAAUUAUAAUUAUAAUUAUAAAUUUAAUAACAAUUAUAUUUAUCAUUUUUUAUAACAUUAAUAACUAGGGAAAAAUUUUUUUUUAUACAUAAGUUUUAUAUUAUUUUUGAACUUCUCUUUUUUUUAAAUCAGCACCGUUACGUUUAAUUUAAUUUAAGAAAAAAAGAAUUUUAAAGAGAUUAAUUAAACUAUUAAUUGGUGCUACUACCGAUUGUAAAGUACGCGAUAUCCCAAUGGAUAUUUUAUUAUUGAACAUAUAUUGAGUGUUUUGUACUAAACGUUAUUUCCACUUGUUUUAAUUAUGGAAAUAUGUUUAUAUUUAAAAAGAUAAAUUAAUUUGAAUAAUUAUUAAUUAUUAAUUACUGAUUACUGUCUGUCUUGGUUUACUUUUUUUUCUUUCGUUACCAAGAUUCCACUUGUAUAGUUUACUAAUAGAACAAAGGAUUUAAAAAUGAGAAAACGAAGUUAUUGCUUCGAUUUAAAUAAAUAUUUGACUGCAUAACCGCUCAAAUAAACAGAUGAUUAUUUAUAUUCGUUAAUUAAUGAGAUUCCCACUGAAAAAAUAUUUAUAUCGCGGCCUAAGGCUUGUUUUAUUUAUUUAUUAAACAUCCUUACGGUUUAUUUUCUAAUUUAAAUGUAAAAAAAAUUUUUCUAGUUACUUUUUUCUUCGAGCUUCCAAUUGUUUUUUAUUAAUUAGUGUUUUUUUAAUUAAUAAUUAUUGAUAGAGAACUUCCAAUUAAAACUACAGACAACUGCAAUUAUAUUUAAUAAUGAAAAUGUGCAUUUUAAAAUCAAAUUAAGUGAAUAUUAAUUAUAAAUAUUUCAUCAUCAACGAUUAUUGUUUGAUUAUUGUUUUUAUAUUAAAUUUAAUUUGUUUAAAAGAGAUGAACGAAUGAUAAUUUUUUUGUUAAUAUCGUAAAUAUUGUUCCUGUACGUAACUAAUUUUCAUUUACAUUAAUUAGAUUAUUUUUACAUUUAUCCUCAUUAAUAUUAACUGUAAAUUAAUGAAAAAAAAAACUAAUAAUAACAAUAAUAAUGAUGCAACGAUUUUCACCACAGUUAUUAUGUGUUGUUAUUCGCGUCUCAGCAUCGACUCUACUUAAAAAAAAAAAUUAUAUAUAUAAAUAUUAAAAAAUUUUUUUGUAAUUAUAUUAAUAAAUUUAAUUAGUUAUUAAUUUAUUAUUUAGACGUUUAUCUUAUGAUUUAAGGAAAUUUUUGAAUUACAUUUUAUUAUAUAUUAAAAAAAAAUAAUAUUUAAUAAACUAUUAAAAAAAAAGUAAUGUUUUGUAAAAAA